AUGGAAUUCAUGACCAAUCUACAGAGUGGGCUGGAUGAGCAGAAGCCGUCGCUCUUCGAACUACUAUCCGAGCAACAACUUGGUGCACUGAUUCCACCAUCAUUACGAUACCUCCUUGCUGUCGCGACACACCGCUACCCCCGCUACCUGCUCCGCAUCCUUAACAAUUUCGAUGAGCUCUACGCCUUCCUUUCUUUGAUCGUCGAACGACACUACCUCCGCACAUAUGGCGGUGGCUUCACAGAAAACUUCUAUGGACUCAAGCGCGAGCGUGUACUACGAAUCAAGGGAGGCGAGAUCCCGAGAGCUGCACUAGGAGCACCAGAUCAAGUCCGCGAAAGCUUGAAGCUUCGCAACUCGGACAUCUGGAAGAACUUGGCCAUCAUGGUAGCCUUGCCGUAUACGAAGAGGAAACUUGACGAACACUACGACAUGCAUGCUGCUUCGGCGAAUAUCCUGGGUCCUUCGUUCAGAGGUGACGCCUUAUCCGAGGAUGCAACAUACAGACAAAAGAUCUUCCAUUACUACAAGUGCUUCUUGCGGAAAGUCUAUCCUAGCGUCAAUGCCGCCUACUACUUCGCUCUGCUGGCUUUCAACCUGACAUAUCUCUUCGACACGUCGAAAUACCACAACCCGUUCUUCUGGCUCAUCGGCACACGCAUUCGCAGAAUGAACCAAGCAGACCACAAAGCCAUUGCUCAAGCCGCCGCCCCUGCACCAACACGACCCGGUGCUCCCCCUGGCCCACAAUCCCUCUUCAGUCCACGAACAUUAACACAUACCGUAUACCCGCGCCUGCUCUCGAGUCUCAAGAUCCUACUCCCAACAUCAAUCUUCGCCCUGAAAUUCUUGGAAUGGUGGCACGCCUCGGAUUUCGCACGACAACUCUCCCGCAAAGCAGCAGAAGGACUCGAACUCCCUCCUCCCACAAUAACAGGAAUACCAAAACCUUCUCCUGUCUCGCCCGAGAAAUCCGGCGUCACAUUUGCAACCUCUGAAAACGAAAAGGAGGAAAAGCAACAAGAGAAACAGGAGAAGCGCAAUCCUCCAAUCUCCACCCUCACAAAUCUCCCCAUCUACACUGUUGCACCGAUUCCUUCUGAUGCAGCUGCAACAUGUCCGAUUUGCCUCUCAGCCAUCACGACACCCACAGCAGCACAAACAGGCUAUGUUUUCUGCUAUACCUGUAUUUUCCGCUGGGUGCAAGGUGAACAUCCCCGUCAAGUCGCUUUCAUGCAAGGAACAGCAGAAGACGAGGCGUGGAAAGAGGAAACUGGAGGUAACAGGCAAGGCAAUUGGGAAGAUGGAAAAGGCAGAUGUGCGGUCACGGGACGAAGAUUACUGGGUGGAACGGGUGGGUUGAGGAGGGUUAUGGUAUAG